CGGGCAGCCAAGCUAUCCCUGAGCAGGGCCAAGGGAGAGCCUGACUGGCUUCCUGAAGCCUCCCGGCGGCUGCACCAGAACGCACUUCCGCGGCCUCGGAGGGGACACAGGGGCUGCUCCGUCCGAGUGGGCGAGCGGGAUGCCCGGGCCGUGAGGAACCGGCCCAGAUUAUCUCUACUUUGUGUGCAGAUGUGUUCCUGUUUCAUCUAAGGUCGAUAAGCUGAUUUUGGAGGAUCAGGUACGCUAAAGGGAAUCAGUGGCACAGGGAAGGCUGUUUGGAGAGAUAGUAAUUACUUUGAAAUUUCCUACCACACUGCGCCAGCCCUCCGGCCAUGGGCUGCCGAGAUGUCCACGCAGCCACAGUCCUCUCCUUCCUGUGUGGUAUUGCCUCUGUAGCAGGCCUCUUUGCUGGGACUAUGCUUCCCAACUGGAGGAAAUUGCGGCUGAUCACAUUCAACAGAAAUGAGAAGAACCUGACUAUUUACACAGGCCUCUGGGUGAAAUGUGCCCGGUACGACGGAAGCAGCGACUGCCUGAUGUACGACCGCACCUGGUACUUAUCCGUUGACCAGCUGGAUCUGCGUGUCCUCCAGUUUGCCCUGCCCCUCAGCAUCGUAAUUGCAAUGGGUGCCUUGCUGCUCUGCCUGAUUGGAAUGUGUAACACGGCCUUCAAGUCCUCGGUGCCUAACAUCAAACUGGCCAAGUGUUUGGUCAAUAGUGCAGGCUGCCACCUGGUGGCUGGACUCCUGUUUUUCCUGGCAGGUACUGUGAGCCUCUCUCCAUCCAUCUGGGUCUUCUUCUAUAACACUCACCUCAACAAGAAGUUUGAGCCAGUCUUUACCUUUGACUAUGCAGUGUUUGUCACUAUUGCUAGCUCAGGGGGUCUGUUUAUGACUGCUCUUCUCCUGUUUAUUUGGUACUGUGCAUGCAAAUCUUUGUCCUCUCCCUUCUGGCAGCCACUGUACUCCCAUCCUCCCAGUAUGCACACUUACUCACAGCCCUAUUCUUCACGUUCCCGCCUCUCUGCCAUUGAAAUUGACAUUCCAGUAGUUUCACAUAGCACUUAACGGAAUAUAAUUAACUGUUAGAAGUAUGUCUCGUAGCCUCACUGUACCCUGCAUAAAGAGCCUUUUUGGACCUGUGUACAAUUUUCUUUUGUUACUGGCUAGUUAGUGGAGCCAAAUUUGUUAUACCUUGGUAGAAUGAAAUGCUGCUAGAUUUUAUGAGCUACUAUAGUACAGUCUUGUAAAUGUGAAACAUUCCUUUUAUCUUGCUUUUAAUACUAGACGGGUCUUUAGCCUCCUUGUUGAUGUCUGAUCAAUUGCUUAAGUGAAAGGACCUGUGAUAACAAGUGAGGCAAUGAAAACAGCAUAUAAAGAACAGUGCUCUUGCGUUUGAUCCUUAAAAUAUUUCAGAUUGUACAUUGUCUCUGAUGAUGUAAACUGAAGUGUGCAGUUUCAAAUACAGGAAGUUUUAGUUAGAUAAAGAUAGUAGUUUAUCUUCAGAACUCUACCAGCUUGAGGGUAUAAUUUUGUUCUCUCUUGGGACGAAUUGAAUAGGUAUUCUAAUACUGAAGAUUAGUAUCUUCUACCUCAUUUUAGUGAAAAGUAAAAUGCAUUUUAAAUGAUGACAGAGUAAGGCUGACAUUGAAAUAUGGUUAACAUUUAACUUCUUUCUUGGUUUUCAGACAGGGUCUUGCGGUGUAUCCCUGGCUGGUCUAGAACUUACUCUGUAGACCAGGCUGCCCUCAAACUUUCUGCCAUUUUCCUGUCUGCCUCCUGAGCACUGAUUACAGGCAUGCCCAACUACAUCUAGCACACUGUAAUUUUUAGGUACUGAUUGUAUUGUUAAAAUGUGUCAAGUGACAGUUGCUUCAUCUGAAACAAGAAUUUCUUUGCAGAUACCUAUCAGUCAGGUAGUGCUCAUGCCCUGUACAAGCUCUUGGUGGCUUAGACAAAUGAAUAAAAGGUUGUUGGAGCCAAAUGGUUGUCUUUUAGACACAAAUGGUAGGGCACAGGAGUCUGUUUUUCAGUGACAGCACAAAAGAUUCAUUUGGUGGCUGCUAUUUGAGUAGCAGCUUUACUGUGUUCAAUUCCUGCUUCAUCAUUGAUUACUUGCUUCUAACACUGCCUAACACUUGACAAAGUUCUGUAGAGGAAGGAUACACAAACAGGAGAUGUAGCCUUGUCUGUGUAGAAGUUUCACUCUAAUGCAGAAGACCAAACUGACACCUGACAACCAGUGAAAAGUGUGACUUUAUGGCAGCUGGUGAACUUGUCAAGCAUUGACACAGGAAUGUAUUUCAGGUGAGUCGUGUCUUUCUGACAGAGCCGAUGGUACACUACCAGCAAUAGCCUGGACACUAGAAAUUCACUUAGUUGGGUCUCCUCGCUAAGCUUGCAAGCUAUAAUCACAGUCUCAGAUCAUGAGAAUGGGCAAGAUAGGAGAGAUUAAAUUGUACCCUUUCUACCUCUGAAAUUAAGGUGACACAGUAAAGAGGGACACGUUUUAAAAUGUCUCCUCUUACGUGAUAUCAAAUGGAUGAAAUCAUGUCAAUACUAAAGUCACACUUUGACAUUGAAGGAUGUUGGGUCUUAACUCUUAGGGAUUUGAGCUGCUUAUUAAUUGGUAUAAUAGUACUUACUAUUACUAACAUGUUUAUAAGGACUGUGGUAUAUUAUGGUUAUAGAUUUCUACAAGCGGCUGAUUUUAUGGUAAACAGUUUAUGAUGCCUCUUUUGCAAAUCUAUUUCCAUAGAGAUAUGUAGUAUGUUUCCCUAAGUUCAACACUACUUUAUGUAGGCAAGCAAAUCCAGUUGUAUAAUUUUUAAAUGCUGUCAAUACAAAGCAUGCACAUCUAUGGUUUAUUAUUAUUAUAGCUUCUAAUCUUUCCCACCUCCGGUUCUUCUCAUCUUAGAUAAAACUGAGUGCUGGUCAUUCCAAGACAAUGGCAGCUGGAAUUUUGAGAUAUAAUGUUAAGUUUUUCCCCUUUGUUAGUUAAUCUUAGUUCUUCCCUCACUAAACUGUUUUCAGAAGGGUUAAGAAUUCCACCAUCCCUUGAUGUUAGUAUAAAAAGUGGGGCCAGGUGUGGCUUUUGACUUUAAACUCAGCAUUCGGAAGGCAGAGACACGUGCAUCUCUGUGGACAUCCUGGUCUCUCUAGCAAGUUUCAGGCUGGUCAGGGCUACACAGUGAGACCCUUUCUUAAAGAAAAAUUAAGAAAAAAAAAUUUAAAAAGUAGCCUCAGCAAUGAGAGUACUAAAUAAUUUUUAGCUCACAGAAUUUUAACUACAAACAUUAAGCUCUCUUAUGAGAAGCUUUUGGCAUUAUCAUCUACAGCCUCCAAUUAGUAUUUAUUAUGAAUUCACUCAGGAAGAGAAACAGCUGUUUCUAUAUUAUCUUUUUAGUUUUCCAGAUACGCCAUAAAUAACUAUUUUUUUAAAGCCAUCAAAGGAAAGCAUGUAUUUACAGUCCUUUGGAGUCACUUGAAUAUUCCUGGGGCUGUUACUGAGAAGGGGUGGAUAACUUCUUUUGUUGCUAAAAAGCUGUUAGUUUUAAAGCCCUUCGAAGGAGCCAGUUUGGCAAACAACCUUAAAUGUGAGAUGGUGCACCAGAUGUGUACUACCCAGCUUUGGGAGAAGAAUAAAUCUAAGAUCCUGAGUUCACUCUGCUUGUACAUAUGCCUUAUGAUGGAUAGUGUGUGCUCUAAACCACAAGGUUAAAAACCUCGGUGGGUGUGCUGUCCUGCCUCAUGUUUAUUAAAAGAUGUAUUUUUACAA